AUGUUGCUUGUUGAGGAAGGCUUAUUGUCCCUCAUUGCUAGUCCUAGAGGAACCUAUAUUCCUUUUCAUGCUCUCUAUGUUGAUGAUGUUAUGAUUUUCUGCAGAGGUAAUCUUUCUAACUUCAAAGCUCUCAAGAAUUUGUUUAGGCUUUAUGGUGAGAUUUCUGGCCAGCUCAUUAAUCAGG